CUAACCUCCGACGGUUGGACAAAAAGUAAGUCAAGACCUACGGGCAACUAAGUAAUCCAAAAUUUUCUGCAAAGCCAUGGAAAAGGAAGGCUCUUCCAUGGACCGCUUUGAGGCAUUGUACCGGGACGCUGAAGCGCGAAAGGUGCGCCGCGCUGUGCUGGGUAACAAGCUUCGCCUAGCGAAAGCGCGAGAGCGUCGGCUAGAAAUGCUCCGCGCUCAACGGGAUAACGAAGAAGCUUCCGAACACGCGUUCAUGCCGCAGCUCGUCUCGAGCAGCAAGGCCCGAGAGCGCGCCUUACAGGCACGUGCAGUGUACCAUACGGCAUCGGUCGACGCAGGGACCACGCCUUUAAGUGUUUUCGAAAGACUUUCGAGCAACAGACAGGCACGUGUCACGCAUCACCCCGCGGCCACACCCCAGGACUUUAAAGGAAAUUUCCUUCAGACCCCGAAUCCGCGCUCCACAUCCUCAAACGCUCGAGACACAUCGUCGAUAGCUGCACGUUUCCAGGAGUAUGAUCGACUUCGAAGAGCCAAACAAGAAGGGCUGGUCCAGCGUCUUGAAGAAGAACGAGCCGCACAAUGUACCUUCCAGCCAAAACUUCCGGAGAAGAAGCGUCGCCACAAAUGUCAUCGUCAUGCAGACGAUCCGGCGAGCACCAAGCGGAAAUGUGAAAAGUCGCACUCUUCCCACCGUCAUCGCUGUCGCCAUUCUCCUCUUAUCUCCUCAGAGGACUGCGAGCUUGCCCACUGCACUUUUAAGCCUCGCGUCUCUCGCAGUCCUGAACGUGUUCGAGAGGGAAGUGUCAUCAAACGCCUCUUACGGGAAGGCCAGGAUGCGAAGAAAAAGCUGCAGCACAUGCGCCGCCUCCAGGAAGAGCGUGAACUACGUGGCUGCACUUUCAAGCCCCAUGUCACGCCGUAUAUCCCGCGGGCGUGCGGCUCAGGGGCAUCGGCGCCGGCGCCCGCUGUGGUGGUGGUACAGUCGCCGUCUCCGAACCCCUCCCCUUCCCGACACAUCCACCACCAUCAGUGCAGCCAUUCCUUCCCCGUGGAAGAUAUGAGGGACCGUCGCGCGUUGGCCCCCCCCCGCCACAGACGCCACUACGAGGAGAGCGAGGAGGCAGGGGUGACUACUGCUGCCUUGCGACGCGUCCGCGACACGAUCCAAGGCCGGGAGUCCCCUCCACCCACGUCUUCCUUGGUCGUGACCAAGCUCCAGGUAUCCUUGGAACGACCCUCGUUGAACUCGCGUCGUGAGGACCUGCACUAUCGCGACCACCGACGCUCGCCUUCGGGUGGUAGCAGAUACUCUCCGAGACGGCACCACAGCCUCUCUCCCCGAGGACGCAGUCAGUCGCCCUACGGCGGGGGGCAGAGCUCGUGCGAUGAGCGAAGUGCUUCUCCUACUUAUUCAGACUAUGACAGGACGGGCGAGCGCCAUGGGAGCCACUAUAGGAGGAAGGGCCCGCCGCGGGGCCACCCCCCGGGAAUGAAUCCUCGUCGCUUCUCGCCGGGUACGAAGACCUCAUCUUUUCACAAGACGCGCCGGUACGGGAGGCAGACAUCUCGGGGUUGGGAAGAGGAAUGGACCGGGGAUGACGAGGGAGAGGUUGGAGGAAGGGGAGAUGGGUGGGACUCCGGACAAUGGUCCGCCCGCGGAUCUGCUCGAGGCAACCGCCGCUCCAGUGCACCGACCUCAUCUUCAAAAAGAGAGGACACGUCCAGCGCAGCACCCAGGGGAUAUGAAACGACUGUUUCUCAAGGAGACGAGGAAGAGGAAGACCCGUACUACUAUGAUCAUGAGCAGCAGCAAUGGUUCCGGCGCGAGCCCGGCCAAGCCGCCCAGUAUGGAGACCAGAGCGGGCGGCAGACUCGAUAUACUCAAGGACAGCAGCAGGAAUAUGAGUAUGAAGGGCAGGAGUACGGUGACGAGACGGUGCCACCGCUUUCCGGGGAGGAGCAACCAUGGCGGGAAUCUCUGCGGGAAGGGGAAAGGGAGGUGGCGGCGCAGGAAUUUUUACCGCGGGACUCAUUCGAUGAGACUGACGACCAAGGAUUUGAUGCUACGGCGUCGGCUCCUGCACACGGUAAAGGGCAACAAGCGCAUAACACACGGGCGGAAUCGCAGCCACAGCGCCGUCAGCCUGGGCUGACCGAAUCAGACCCAGAGCAAGCACCGCGGCAACAGCGGCCGCAGCAAUCCAAGCCACAGCGUGACAGUCUCGAACAAGAUGGGCAAGAAAAUACUUUAUAUUCUCCACCAAGCGGCCUCCGGAUUUCUCUGGCUCCCAGCUCCAGUCAUACUGACAAGCUGGGGUCUGCGGAAACCAUGGAUUGCUCCGGACCGCUGGUGGAUGAGGACGGCGGGGAAGAAGCUUCCGCAGGCGUCCAACAUUCUGUCAAUAAAUUAGCCUCAAGAGUGAUUGAGUCGUCUUCGAGAAGCUCUGCGGUCCGGACCUCUGAUGCGAGGUCAAAUCGUCGUUCCGACGGGACGACCGACUUGGACUUGACGACUUCCGCAACAGUUCUUGACUCUGCUGCGACGGUCGAGCACAGCGGAUACGGUGGACGUGAUACACGUGAAGAGGAGGAUAAUGGCCCGGAUGAGAAUGAAGAGGAGGGGCAGCAAGCACCCCCCAGGGAGGCAGUUCAGGAGGAAUUUCUGCCGCACGACUCCUGGGAUGGGACCGCUGCGGGCUACAAUGCCACGGGGAGCAGCACUUUGGUAUCCAGCAUCAGUCAAUCGGGCUUCGUGAGCAGUGGAGAGGUCUCUACAACACCUGGACCCCUUCCAUCUACCACAACUUUGUCCCCGGGCACCAUCGCUUCCGGGGCGUCGGCCUCCUUAUCCUCUCAUAGCACCUCGCUUUCCCUCCCUCCCACCACUGCAACCAACCGGUCGUCUUCCAAAAGAGAUGCAGAACAAUCUUCGCCGGAGCUCUCUGGCUCCCUGUCAGGGGAUACCGAUCGAAGCCAUGCCUCCUCCCUUCGCACGCCCGCCUCGUCCACUUCCACUUCCUCCUUGGCCGGUGGCUCGUCUGAACGACCCCAUGCCUCUGUCUCAAACGCGGGUCCGGCAGGCAUAGAUUUACCUUCGACUGCAUCUUCCUUCUCGCGGCCCUGGCGCGAAAGUUACGCGCCCUCGUCUCCUCGCCACACGCCCUACGACCAAUCGACAUCCUCCUGGGUCGUGAGCCCUGCCACGGCUACUGGAGGCGCUCGCACUCCACUCCCUCCUACCCCGGGAGCUCCUUCCAGUAAGUCCGUCCGGUUUAGCAGCCGCCUGACUGAGAAUGGCGUCGAUGUAUCGGCACCAGAGACCGGUUUCACGCAGCAAGAGCUGCCUGAGGGGGUAUCCCAGGAAGCUCUGCGGCUGCUCACGACCAUGGAGCUGCCCUCCGGCUCUCUGGCGCCAAAGUUAAGUGGACAGGAGGACGGCCGCUCGGCUGCGGGAAGAUCUUCGGCUUCCUCCGAUCCUUCAAUGCGAGUACCGCAAAUAUCCGCAACCGUCAUGCAGCUUUUCGAUACUGUCCAAGACCCCUCUAUGGAUGACAUGGGGGACAAUCCACCCUCCCUCCGCCCUGCCGAGAAAAAACCUCAGGUUUCUCACCCAAGUGUCUUUCUCUCUGAUACGGUCCCACCGAAUACGUUUACACACCUCCCCCUCUUCACCAAGCGUCCCAAGACUCCCUGGAGCCCCAAACGCGCACACAGGGAAAUUUCCUCGAAGCCAACGAAUCCGUUCCACACCGGGCUCCGGCCGUCCUUGCCCUCUACUUUGCCCUUGACGACAAGCUCCUUUCCCUUCCCCAACCAUGGAACCCCUCCUGGCUUCCCUCUCCCCUCCUCCCUCUCCCAGGCCCCGCCCCAGGUCUCCAGCACGGUCUUGGGUCUCUUUGACACUGCCCGCCUUCCAACUUCAACCCAGAGCGGCUCCGCUGCCACCUUCCUCAACUCCUCCACUAGCAAUCCUUCUUUCCCUGGUCGGAUUCUUCCACAACCAGGACGAGAAAAUGCUUCAACCCCCUCUGCGACUUCGCAACAUUCCAUCCCUCGGUCUUGGGUGAUCAGCAGGGGCAUGGAGCAUGAAGCAGAGCGCGUUCAGGCAUCGACGGCGGCCAUGCGUCUGCUUGAUACGGCACAAGACCCCGCGGCGUCUGUCACCAGCACGGGCAUGGAGCAUGAAGCAGAGCGCGUUCAGGCAUCGACAGCUGCGAAUACGUUUUCACGCUUGAAUUCUACUGAUGUAUCCGUAGCCCACCCCCCUUCCGGUUCAGAUGCUGCCAGCUCCCCAUCCCCUACAUCUUCCUCUUACUCUUCUCCCUCAUUCCACGGAAUUCCACCGUCGCCAUCAGCUUUAAAUCUCUCGUCUCAGAAUCCUUUCACAACUGCCUGCCUUCCUGAUGACAUGGCAAUAUCCCGGAUGGAAAUCCCUGCAGACGGAGCUAAGCACCUACCAGAAGCUUCUUCGACCAUUGCUUCGCUCUUCCAGACAUGUGCAAGCCCAUCUAUCGCUACCCCUCCGGUUUCCUUCCCUGCGACUCUCCCCGCAUCCUCUUCGUCACUGUCUCCCGCCCUCGCUUCCUCCAGGACCUGCACCUUUUUCCAAACGGCCUUUUUGCCUUCCAGCCCAGCGCAAGAUGCCGCCAAAAGUCUCGUUUGCACACUUAGCGAUCAAAUUUCCGGACCGGUCAACGAGUUUUUUCACACCGCUCAUCCGCACACUCUCCAAUACAGCGCAACUGCUGACCCCUCUUCAACUCUUCUUUUCACCCCUCUGCCGCUCGCUGUUCCGCAGCAGGUACCCGACACGCUGACUAGCAAAGACCAGUCGCCAGGACGACAUCAAACGUCAUUUGCCUCAGCUGGACAUCCUGAAAGUAUGGAGCUCUCGACAACCCUCACAAAA